AUGCAGCCUGUGACGCGCAUUGGUGCUAGGUUUACGACCUGGACAUGCAAAUCGUGUCGUGAUGCCCUGCGAGGACAGCACCAUGCGGCGCGACCGAACGUGCCAUCAAGAUUCUUCGCUUCGACCCGGAAAUUGAAUCGCGGCAACCUGCCUGACUCCCCUGCUCGAACACGGUUCGCACCGAGCCCGACUGGAAAUCUGCAUCUGGGGUCUAUCCGGACUGCUUUGUUCAACUAUCUCCUAGCCCGCAAGACGAAGGGUCAGUUCCUGCUCCGUCUUGAGGACACGGAUCAAAAGAGGACAAUACCGGGUGCUGAAGAGAGGCUGUACCGAGAUCUUCAGUGGGCUGGCUUAGAAUGGGAUGAAGGUCCAGUAAUCAAUGGUCCGUAUGGACCCUAUCGACAAUCAGAGCGUCUCUCUUCAUACCACGCGCAUAUCCAGGGCCUGCUCCAAGCGAGUAAAGCAUAUCGCUGUUUCUGUUCCGCGGAACGUCUCGACGAUCUGAAUCGACGUAGACAUGACAAGGGCCUGAACUUAGGGUACGACCGCAAAUGUGCCGACAUGCCAGUUGACGAGGCGGAACAGCGUGCCCAUUCAGGGGAGGCUCACGUGGUCCGCUUUCGUGCCCCUGAGACCUGGCCUCGCUACCGUGAUCUGGUCUACGGGCAUACAGGGCAUGGGGAGAAAGCGAAUAAAAAGCUGUAUGUGGAUGCACCAGUGUGGGAGGAUGCUAUUCUGAUCAAGUCGGAUGGCUUUCCGACCUACCACUGGGCCAAUGUCUGUGACGAUCAUGAUAUGAGAAUCACACACGUUGUUCGAGGGUCAGAGUGGAUGGCGUCUACACCCCUACACAUCGCCAUGUACGCAGCAAAAGAGUGGACGCCACCACUGUAUGCUCACGUGCCUCUGCUGGUGGAUCAGAAUAAGCAGAAGCUCAGCAAACGCAACUUCGACACCGACAUAGCGUCUUUCCGCGACAAAGGAAUCUUCCCAGAAGCAUUGGUGAACUUUGCCGCCUUGCUUGGCUGGUCACACCAGCAGAAAAGCGACAUAAUGAGUCUGCGUGAACUAGAGCAGUCGUUUGAUCUGAAGAUUACCAAGGGCAACACUGUCGUAUCGUUCGAAAAGCUGCGAUUCUUACAGGAGCAACACGGCCGGCGGCGCAUCUCUGCUGGGGGCGAUUACUUGGAACAAUUGAUUCGAGAUGUCGCGGUGUCCCUGCUGAACAAGGAGGGCGCUGCCAAAAUCGCUGCCUUGGUUGGCAAGAGAAAUCUUCGGGACGUGGUUGCCAGUAUGCUCCACGCGGAGUCAUUGGCCUUUUCUUCUCCUUUGGACUUUGCCGAAAAGUGUUCCAUCUUCGUCACGCCGCCACGGCGGCCAAAACUCGAUAUUGAAGAUUCGCAGCUAGUGAAGGAGCUCCAUAUUGCCGCCUCAACGCUACUGUUUGUCCCUGAAAGCCAGUGGACACAGGCUACCCAUUCUGAGAACUUGAAGGACAUGGAUUUCCAUGGCCCCGAUGCAGACCCCAAAAGCAAGAAGAAAUGGAAGGGGCAAUUGUAUCACUACCUGCGCUGGGCGCUGCUGGGAGGUGUUCCCGGCCCCAACAUUCCUCAGACCAUGGAAAUACUCGGUCGGCCUAUCUGUGUCGACCGCAUUCAACGGGCAAUAUCGGAAUCAUCUCAGGAGUCCAAGCAACGAGAGAACAUGUCCACUCGACCACAGAUUCUCAAAACUGCAACGGACGCCUCUACCUGGUCAGCCAUCAAAUCAGAGGCCACUGCCAAAUCUUAA